UAAUUCGAACAACGAGUCUCUACCACAAGGACUGUUGCUCCUCAGCUUCAAGCAGUCGGUCGAAAGCAUGAUGGUAGAAGACGUUAAACUUCAAAGGGUCAAACUACCUGUGGAAACAUCAAACUCAUCUGAAUCUCGUAAAGUCGAGUCCAUUUUAUCUAAAUGCUCAUGUCCCGAAUGCGAUUCCCUCAAAUGUUUCAUUCUUAGACGAAGCCCAGAUAACAAUUUGUGUAACUGUCCUAAAAAAUCAAAAUCCUGUUGCAACAAUAGCAAGAAAGCCAUACAGGAAACUAAACCUAAAUUUGACAUGAACCGCGUGAUAAGCCAAGUAAACAGAACCGUGGAUAUUUGUACUAAAAUCACCUAUAGCAAAAAAAAAAAUUCCGAAAAUGGUACAGUUAACACGAUUAUUCAGUCCAGCAUCAGUUGUAAGUCAAUAGGUCCAGAUAGUUACAAAUUUCAGGACAGCUUUAGUGAUGUAAAAUUAGCGAAAACACCAAGAAAUUUAAGCGAGAACACGGCGCAUUUAAGUGCUCAAAUAAUGAAAGCAGGCUGCAUUCAAGAUUUUAACGAUUGCAUACCAAAUAACGAACCUUACAAGAGUUCGGGACCAGAAAUAAAAAACGUGACAGAAUAUAUUUAUACAAAACUAAAGGAAAUAUAUAAUGCAUGCAGCUGCAAAGUCUGCGAAUGUAUUCCAACAACUCCCCUCUCCACACGAAAAAGUACAUGUUCGUGCAAACCUUGUCAAUGUGAUGACUGUAGGAAACUAUAUAAUUACGUUGGGAGUCAUCUAAAGGAAAAACCACAUGUUGGGUGUCCAUGCAUAAGUUGUGAUAGAAAAGACUGUCAAGGUGUUGUAAAAAAAUGGCAACAAACCUGCAGCUGUAAACCAUGUGACUGUCUUACGUGUACAGAAUCAUUGUCGAAAAAUUGCAACUGCGCACCGUGUGCAUGUUUCGAAUGCAAGUUUAAGCCUUCCUAUUUGAGACGAAGCUACAUAGUGGCCUCUGUCAGUCAAAGUAACCGAAAUACUACUUGUAGUUGCGACUCUCCAUGUGAAUGCUCCAAUUGUAUUCCUGCAUACGGCACAACAGCUUUAUCACAGGAACGCUCGACCGGAACAGUUGCACGUGCUAUUUGCCCAUGUAAUUCGUGCACAAAUCAAUCAUGUCAGUCUGAUGGCGAAAAUUGUAGAUGUGCAAUGCAAAAGCACGUUAUGUCGAAACCUAUUGAUAGAGGUCAUCAUGAAUAUGAUAUACGUAACGUUUUAUUAGAAGAUACAGACAUAAUAAAGAGGAAUUAUAAUAGAGAUGUUAUUUCGAUGUGUGCUAAUGUUCAACAACAGUUUUGUAUGGGGGAUGAUCCAUCUCAAUGUAUACAAAGAGAAAAUAGGUUUGCAGCUGAAUAUAUUCAAUUAUCACUACCAAACAAAAUUUGUCGUCAUAGUAGCGGUCUUAUUCCAUAUCAAAAUAAAUCCAGUGAUAAUGCUUAUAAUACAGGUGAUUUUUUGGACGACAAAGAUCUUACGUCACUAGGUAAAAUAGCAGAUGUAUCACAACUACAUAAUGCAAAAGCUAGUUACUGCAAUUGCGAGUUUUGUAAACGCCAACAACUAAACUAUGUAAACAAUCAUAUCGGGAACAUUAUUCAAAAUAAAUCCUUACCAAAUGAUACAGCGUCAUAUUUUAAAGAGCGACCAGAAUUGUUGCUACUUGAAUCUAUUACCCACCCCGCUACACAAAGUAGCCAAAAUGUGAGCUCGUGUGAAGCUGUAACUUCUAAACAGACAAAUAAUAAUAGUAUAAUAGAAGUAAAUCAUUUUGCUACCCAUCCAGACUCGAAGAAUAGCAUUAACAGAAACAAUAAACUCAAGAGAAAUAACACUGAAUUGUUACUAUCCCAACGUAAGAAAUUAUAUUGUGUAGCUUCAAUUAUCAGGAACUUCGCUCUAUUUAGCGAAGGCUCAAGUUCUGUUUGUAAUGAGGGCAACAGUAAACAUUCAUCAUCUUUAAAUACGCAACUUUCAGCGGCACUGGAUCCCGUGACAUCUACAUUACUUGUAGUUCCUGAGAAUCUCAAUAGCUUAGAUGCUGAACAAUUGAGUAUCAACAACAAUUAUUUUAAAAAAUCAGCAACUUUACCGUUUUUUAAUGCACUCUACGACGAAAACCAAAGAACACGUGGAAUAGAAGAGCCGAAGAACUCGAUUAAAUUGUUUGAUUAUGCAAACAUUCAGACAACAUUACUCCAAGCGCAAGAAUUUACAACAAAACUAAGAGGGUUAUUAGAAAGCUAUGAAGCAGCAAAUAACGAUUUUAGAAGUGUUUCACAAAGAUUACGGAAACUAUAUGAUGAAAUUGUAAAUAGUAGUACGAUUGAUGAUAAAACAAAUCAUAGAGUUCAUUUCAAACACAACAAAGAAUCAAAUAAAUUGUACUAUGUCGGUGAUAGAAUAUCUCUAUCCAACGAGACAGAUUUAUUUGGUAAUAGUUACAAGGCUUCCCUUAAUACCUGUCUAUCAUCGAAUAGCAACAAAACAAUAUUGAAGCCUAUCCUGGGUAGUCACAAUUUAUUAGAAAACAUAGAAUACGUUACAUCGUCUUGUGUGUUAGGUGACGAAGAUAUUUUUGGUGAUGCUAUCUCCAACUGUUGUACUGUACCAGAGGUCAACAGUUAUUUAACAAUAAAUAAUGGUACUGUUAAUGCUUGCAAGAGACAAAGAAGUCCUAGUGAUAUUUGUAAAAAAAUAACAUCAGUUUCUAGAAUAAAGAGUAAUAAAUAUGCAGAAACAGAUUUUCCAUGUUUUCAUCGCGCGAUUAUGUUUAGUAAAAGUACUUGCACCCAAAAUGCUAAGAGACCACAAAAUGAAAAUAUAAAUACAGAAAUUACAUUUAGGGAUGCCGAUUUUUACAAGGAUGAAAACACGGAAACAAAUGUUAUGGAGAGUUUGUACACCACUUUCGAAAAUAUUGAUCUUCCAUCAUCCCCAGAAGUAAAGAAUAAUGAAAAUUUUCUACAUUGGAACGUUUUGCGAAAAAAUGUUUUCUUAGAAUCACGUCCAAUCCUAAGUCAUAAUAGUGAUGAACUAUCUUUGGAAGUUAAUAUAAAGGAAAUUAUUAGAAUCAUCUCGCAAGAAAUCCGGAAGGAAUUAACUCAAGAAGAGAAUAAUAUGACUUCCCAAAGACUUCAUAAGUCAAUAAGCUUCAACCACGAAGACAACAAAGCUAGUUUUUCCGACAUAAGAAGAAUUUCUGAUCAUACAGUGCUAGCGAAAUGGAACAUUCCAAACAAUAUAAGUAAUAUUAAAGGAUAUGAAUUACUGAUUGAUGGUCGCGUCGUCAAAAAGAUUUUAAGCCCGCAUUGCGCAAUGGCAGCCAUCUCUAGUCUUCCACAAAGCGAGAGGGUUUUACUCACGAUACUUACAAUAACAAACUCUAAAGGGCCAUACAGUUCUAAUACUAUUGUGUAUAAUCCCAUUAACAUAAAACGGUAGCAAUAUAAUUUACAAGUCAAACAUGUGUAUUAAAUAAAUUAA